GGGAAAGCGGAGGAGAGGUGGGGGAAGCUUGGCAGCGUCAGCCAGAGGAGAAGGCGGGCUGUGGUGGUGCCUCCUGCUCUUGUCCCGGCUGCCCUCUUCCUCCUCCUUUUCCCCUUCUUCCUCCUCUCUCUUGCUCUCCCAAACAUGGCAGGGCUGGGCAGCAGCGGUGCCUCCGCCUUCGGGCGCUGCACGCAUGCCUUGGUGCGGGCUCUGCCGGAGUCCCUGUGCCAGCAGGCGCUGAGGCGCGAGAAGGGCAAGGAGGUGGACUUUGCGCGCGCUGAGCGCGAGCACCAGCUCUACGUCGGGGUGCUGAAGAGCAAGCUGGGGCUGCAGGUGCUGGAGCUGCCUGCCGACGAAAGCCUGCCCGACUGCGUCUUCGUCGAGGACGUGGCUGUCGUGUGCGAGGAGACUGCUCUCCUCACGCGCCCGGGCGCGCCCAGCAGGAGGAAAGAGGUUGAAGUAAUGAAGAGAGCGCUUGAAAGCCUUAACCUGAACAUUGUAGAGAUGACAGAUGAACAUGCAACCCUAGAUGGAGGAGAUGUUUUAUUUACAGGCAGGGAAUUUUUUGUUGGUCUUUCAAAGCGGACCAAUCGACGUGGUGCAGAAAUUCUGGCAGACACCUUUAAGGAUUAUGCCGUUUCUACAGUCCCUGUUUCUGACUCCUUGCAUCUGAAGAGUUUCUGCAGUAUGGCUGGGCCAAACCUCAUUGCUAUCGGUUCAAGUGAAGCUGCGCAGAAAGCCCUCAAGAUGAUGCAGCAGAUGAGUGACCACCGCUACGACAAGCUUACAGUUCCUGACGACGCUGCCGCAAACUGUAUAUAUUUAAACAUUCCUGGCAAAGGUCAUAUCUUGUUGCACCGAGCCCCUGAGGAAUAUCCAGAAAGUGCAAAGGUCUUCGAAAAACUGAAGGACCACAUGUUGAUCCCUAUAGCGAACACAGAGCUUGAAAAAGUAGAUGGGGCACUCACAUGUUGUUCUGUCCUUAUUAAUAAAACUUCACAAUUAUGAGUUUACAGACUCCCUCCCUUGUAACUGGCAAUAAUGUGUACAUGCAAGGCAGACAAAUCUGUACCCACUUUUUAUUGGUUCCCUUGACAAUCUACUGUACCACUGUGCUACUAACCUUUGUUUACAAUGGUGCCCUUUCAGGUGGUAAUUUUAUAUAUAUAUAUAUAUGCUUUUUUCUGAUGUAAAAGGACUUUGCUGCAUGUUUGUCUGGACUUAACCGAAGACCAUUAUGACAAUUGGUGGUUUAUAUAGUUGGUGUGAAACUGAUCUAGAAAGCAGAUCGUAGGGGGCCGCAUCUAACAUUACUUUUAACUGACACAAACCUUAUGACCCAGGUCUUAAAUGCUACUUUAUAGAGUGUUCAGAUCCCUAUUGUGUACAUUUCACUCCCAAGGCAUGCUUUAGGUCAGGGGUUCCCAAACUAAGGCCCGGGGGCCGGAUGCGGCCCAAUCGCCUUCUAAAUCCGGGCCACGGACGGUCCAGGAAUCAGCAUGUUUUUACAUGAGUAGAAUGUGUCCUUUUAUUUAAAACGCACCUCUGGGUUAUUUGUAGGGCAUAGGAAUUUGUUCAUAGUUUUUUCUUCUUCAAAAUAUAGUCAGGCCCCCCCACAAGGUCUGCGGGACAGUGGGCCGGCCCCCUGCUGAAAAAGUUUGCUGACCCCUGCUUUAGGCGCAGGAUUCCAAAUGUAUGAGGCAAGGCAAGUCCCCUUAACAGCACAUGCGGACAGGUGCUAGAGAAAGUAUAACUUUUCGAAUUUAGCCUCCCUUCACACAAGCCAGCUUUGUAAGGGUGUGUUGUGUCCAGCAGUAUGCUGAUGACUGCCCACCUUGUGCCCCAAUGUAAUGCAGGGGUUAGGGGGAUGAUGGUCCAACUCUUUGCUUCUGCUGAUGUUGACUUCAUCAUGGGAAUUUCAAAUUUGUUCCCGUAAGGGCUUUCUCGUCUUCUUUCCCCAUUGAUCUGCCUACCUUCCAUCCCAGGUAUUCAUGGUAAAAAAAAAAGAACUUUAGAAAUAACAACAAAGCUACGGGUUAUCUUCAUGUUUGAAAAGAGAAAUCGCAGAAGAGGCUAAUUAAUUCUUCUUCCCUCCUGACCACUUUUAAAAACUAAAUAUUGGUCUUCAAGCAUCUUUUCUACCUUCUGGGGAAAAGUCAUGGUACUGUAUAUUUUCUCCCAUGGGUAAGAAAGCAGCUUGAGGAGGAUUUCAUUGGGGGGGGGCGUUUGGAAAUGGUUAGAUGUGAAAGGCUUUAGCAACCCCUCCCCUGCUUAUUCCUCCACUUGGACUUGAAGAUAUCCACAGCUGUUUUUCUUUACAAAAGGACCACAUGUGACUGCCAUGUAACUUCUGUAACCUCAGGCUUGAGCGAUAGCUGGGACAUAAAGGGCUCAGAGUAAUACCAAUGCCUUUAACUGGGGAUGCAUUAAGAUGGAUUUCAUGCCCUCAAAUCAGACUGUUACACUUGGGUGGCCUCUAGUCAUUUCCCCUUGAAUUUUGGGGUGCUUGCUCAUUAAAGCAAGAUCUUUGCGCCUGUGUUAGGUGGGUUGCUUUUGUGCUUUGCUGAAGGCAUCUGUUGGGAUUGAAAUUUACAUAGCGUGCCACCACGCAUGAGGCUUACAUUAGUUCUUGCUUCAAUCCAUUUUUAAUGUACAUGUGAAAUCUACAUUGGCCGCAAUACUCGUGUUGCAAAGCUGACAUUGGUUCUGACAUCUGGGCUCCAUUAAGAGUAAUGCAGAAAUCAGCCUCGGUUUUAUUCACCCCUGACUUUUUCUCUUUUGUUCUGUGUCUCCCUUUCUCGUUUUUCUUCUUCUCCUUCUCCCUCCCCUUCUACCUGUGCCUUCUGUUUCUCUUGUCAUCUCUCUUCCAGAAAUCCCUAUUAUAAAAGUAACUUAAAAAAAAGAAAGAAAUUCGAUAGCAUCAUGAACCUGGGCUUCUGCAUAGUCUUUUUUAGAGUACCAGCUGCAAUGUGAAAUGUACUGUGCUUUAUUAUUUCACAGUAUUGUGUUGCUGCUCAUGCCAUGAAAGUCCAUUAGAAGAGAAUCGUGAGCGGAAUCUAUUGCAAAUGACGAGUGGCACCUAGGGGAAAAGUGUUACCGCAGAGGAGGAUUCUCAGGGGGGAUUUCAUUCUGAUACUAGUCUUGAAUUUCAGCAAGGCUUAAACCACUUGUAAGUUUAUCCUAGUGUAUCCUAGAAGAUGAGACAAUUGUCUCUUUGUUUAUCCACUGGAUAGGCAGAUAGCUCAUAAAUAAAUAUUAUAUCAAUCUUGUUCUAAGAAUAAUCCACGUGUUUAUGUGAAUCU